AUGACUUCCUUUCUUUUCUUUAGCUUUGUUUUCUUUACUCUUCUUUCUUUCCUUCCCUCUUCCCUCCUUCCUUCCCUCCCUCCCUCUUCCUUCCUUCGCUCCCUCUUCCUUCUUUCCCUCUCUCUUCCUUCCUUCCUUCCCUCCCUCUUCCUUCCUUCUUCGCAUAUUCUUUCUUCUUUUCUUCUUCUCUUUUUCUCUUCUUUACUUUUUCUUCUUUACUUUUGUCUUUAUUUUCUUUUUUCUUUGUUUUUCUUCGUUAUCUUUUUUCUGACUUCUUAUCCGUUUUCUUUCUUUAAAUGCUUCAUUUCUCCCAUCUUCUUAGCUUUCCUUUUUAAUUUAUUUUCUUUCUUCUUCUCUUUCAUUCCCGUUUUCUUCUCUGCUUUCCUUUUUUCUUUGUUUUCUCUUGUUUCUUUGCUUUUUUUUCUCUUCCCUUGUUUCUUUGCUUUUUUCUCUUCUCUUGUUUCUUUGCUUUUUUUCUCUUGUUUCUUUGCUUUUUUUCUCUUCUCUUGUUUCUUUGCUUUUUUCUCUUGUUUCUUUGCUUUUUUCUCUUCUCUUGUUUCUUUGCUUUUUUCUCUUGUUUCUUUGCUUUUUUUCUCUUCUCUUGUUUCUUUGCUUUUUUCUCUUCCCUUGUUUCUUUGCUUUUUUCUCUUGUUUCUUUGCUUUUUUCUCUUGUUUCUUUGCUUUUUUCUCUUGUUUCUUUGCUUUUUUCUCUUCUCUUGUUUUUUGCUUUUUUCUCUUCCCUUGUUUCUUUGCUUUUUUCUCUUGUUUCUUUGCUUUUUUCUCUUGUUUCUUUGCUUUUUUUCUCUUGUUUCUUUGCUUUUUUCUCUUCUCUUGUUUCUUUGCUUUUUUUCUCUUCUCUUGUUUCUUUGCUUUUUUCUCUUCCCUUGUUUCUUUGCUUUUUUCUCUUGUUUCUUUGCUUUUUUCUCUUGUUUCUUUGCUUUUUUCUCUUCUCUUGUUUUUUGCUUUUUUCUCUUCCCUUGUUUCUUUGCUUUUUUCUCUUGUUUCUUUGCUUUUUUCUCUUGUUUCUUUGCUUUUUCUCUUCUCUUGCUUCUUUGCUUUUUUCUCUCGUUUCUUUGCUUUUCUUUUCUCUUGUUUCUUUGCUUUUUCUUUCCUCUUCUUUCUUUCGCUUUUUCUUUCAUGUUCUCCUUUCAUUUUUAUGCAUUUUUCUUUUAUUUCUUUCCUCAAUUUUCUCUUCUUUUCGUUAUUUUUCUCUUCCUUUCGUUAUUUUUCUCUUUUACCUCUAGUUUAUACUUAUGUUCAUUUUAUUUAUUUUCUUCUUUUCCGCUAUUUCUUUCCUCCCCUUUUCCUUUUCUGUUUUUGUUGCAGUUCCUAGCUUCGUUUCUGUGCUUAUAG